CCUUCCCCAGCUACCUCCGGCCUGGACUGGGCUGACCUUCGGCAGGAGGCUCCCAACUGCUGCGGGCAAGCCAGCCGACUGGUUCCCCCCCCCUUUCCCUCUCCGGAGGAGGAAGCGCCGAGCCAGCCCAAGUUCUGCAUCCAACAGGUGAAGUCAGCGCAAGCCCCCUCCCAACCCUCCGGCUUGCAGCCCCCAGGCGGGGGUGGGGGGUGGGCAGGCGCUCUCCCCCCCCCCUCGAGCAACGCUCAGGUAGGCGUGAAGCGGGGCGGGGAGGGAGGGGCCUGUCGGGCGACCAUCACGCACAAUAUAAAACUCGCGCGCGCCUGUCCAGCGCCGCCGUCGCCCAGCAGCCGCUCACCGCCCGCACGUGCCUGCCUGCCUGCCUGCCUGCGUGCGGGAAGCCCCGGGGAUCCCUGGCCGGGGAGAGCGCCCGAGUCGGCCGGCGCAAGAUGCGAGGUGGGAGCUGAGCCGGAGCGUCUCCGCCCGCCGCUCGCCCUCCAGCCCAGCCAUGUCCUUCGCCCUGCUGCGCUCGGCGCCCAGCCGCUUCCUGUACCCGGAGAUCAGCAUGCUGUCGGAGGAGGACGAGGAGAACGGCAGCGGCGAGAGCUCGGGCUCGGACGAGAAGCCCUACGCGCUGGAGGCGGGCGCCUACGGGCUGCGGGGCGGCAAGCGCGGGCCGGGCAAGAAGGGCGGCCGCGGCGUCUCCCGCGAGCCCCGCCAGCGCCACACGGCCAACGCACGCGAGAGGGACCGCACCAACAGCGUCAACACCGCCUUCAGCGCCCUCCGGACGCUCAUCCCCACCGAGCCGGCCGACCGCAAGCUCUCCAAGAUCGAGACGCUCCGCCUGGCCUCCAGCUACAUCGCGCACCUGGGCAACGUCCUCCUGGCCGGGGAGGCCUGCGGGGACGGGCAACCUUGCCACGCCGGCCCGGCCUUCUUCCACCCCGCCGGCGGCGGCGGCAGUCCCGCCGCCCACGAGAGCGAAGGCUCCCAGCCCAAGCAGAUCUGCACUUUCUGCCUCAGCAACCAGAGGAAGCUGAGUAAAGACCGAGAAAGAAAGACGGCGAUUCGGAGCUAGCCCCUCGUGGAAGCCGGAUGGUGGUGGUGAGGCUGGCAGCAGCAGCAGCAGCAGGAGGGCGAAAUAAAGAGAGCCCCCCCACCCCCGGGCUGCCCUCCUGAGCUGUGCGCUUGUGCCCCGGACAAACUCACGGGCAACCGGGAGAGACGGAAAGCCCAAAGGCUGGAUCUGCAGGCAAGCCAAGCGGACUCAGAUCUGCAAAUACGGCAGGGCCGUGCCGGGUGUCGGAGGCACAGCUCCUAGGACAAAAACGUUUUUUCCUGCUCACCAGGGACUGGCGUCUGGCGGAAGCAUCCUAAGUGGCCCACAUCCUAGGGGGCGAGAAGAAAAAGGGAGGGCGCCCAGAGGAAAGGGCUCCUCCGGGAGUUAUGGGCCGCCCUGCUGUCAGAACUCUGGAUGGGGCUGUCAUGAGGACUGGCUGGACUUUCCUGCCUUGAUAAUAUAAAACCAAAGUUGUUUAUAUAGUGAUAUUUUUGUAAGUAUGCAACAUAAACGUCCUUUCAGAUUUUGGA